GUUAAUUACAUCUUUGAUAACACUCACUAAUAGUCAGUCAAUGGCCAACUGGAUGCACUUAGGAAUGGUAGGGGUAAACCUUCCCCGGACUCCCACACAAAGAAAUAACAUUUUUGGAGCAAAUUAUGUUAACAAUUAUAUAUCUGAAGAUCCAAUGAGACAGCAUAUGAUGCGCACAGAUAUUGAAAGACAUAUGGGACAGGCCAUGGCAUCUAAUGUAGGAUCAAUAGGACAGGUCAUGGCCUCUAAUGUAGGAUCAAUAGGACAGGCCAUGGCUUCUAAUGUAGGACCAUUAGGACAGGCCAUGGCCUCUAAUGUAGGAUCAAUACCAACUAAUGGCAUAUCAAACGGCAUCUCAAACAGUGUGUCCAACUCUUAUUCAUCGUAUACUUCAUCGCUGGAUUCACUGUCCCAUUCAAACACAGUUGAACAACACGAGAGUAGUAGUUGCGCUAAAAUGCCUGGACUGGUGUCCAAACAAUUGCAAGUAUGUGAGGGACAUCCUAAUGCUAUGUAUGCAGUAAGUGAGGGCGCCAAGAGGGCCAUCCAAGAGUGCCAAAAACAAUUCAAAAAUGAGCGGUGGAACUGUACCACUGAAGGAGAUAAGUCUGUAUUUGGACACACUUUACAAAGAGGAAGCAGGGAAACGGCAUUUGUUUACGCCAUCACCAGUGCGGGUGUCGUUCACGCCAUAUCACAAGCGUGUUCGGCCGGUAACCUAACCGAGUGCUCGUGUGAUCUUUCACCGCAAGGCCAUAACAACCCGGAGGGCUGGAAAUGGGGCGGUUGUUCCGAUAAUAUACGGUAUGGCAUGCAAUUUGCCAAAACCUUUGUCGACGCACCCGAAAGGGCCGCCAGAAAGAAAAACCGAGACAUCCGAGCGAUGAUGAACUUACACAACAAUCUGGCCGGUCGUCUGUCAAUUCAAAAUCAAAUGGAGUUGAAAUGCCGGUGCCAUGGAGUGAGUGGUUCUUGUGAAUUGAAGACAUGUUGGCGGACAUUACCACCAUUUAGUCAAGUGGGACACGUGUUGAAGCAAAAGUAUGAAAGUUCAGUGCAAAUAUCACCGAAAGCACGCAAACGGCUCCGACCUAAAGGCAAAGUGAAACGCAAGGUUCCCGUUAGUAAAGAAGAUUUGGUUCACAUCCAUAAGUCGCCCAACUUUUGCAUUCAAGACUAUAAAAAAGGUAUUUUAGGCACAACUGGUCGACAAUGCAAUAAGACAUCGACCGGACCCGAGAGCUGUAAUCUUCUAUGUUGUGGUCGUGGAUAUAAUACCCAAAUAUUUAGACAAGUGGAAAGGUGUCAGUGCCGGUUCCACUGGUGCUGUUUUGUCACCUGCUCUGUUUGCGAGCAAAUGGUUGAAGUCUAUACUUGUAAGUGAUUUGAAACAUAAACCACUGUAAAUGACAACCAAAUAUAAACUAAUAUUCAAUUAUAACAAAACCAAUCAAUAACUGGUCUGAUAUUUGCGUGUUUCAUGUGAUGAGACAUAUUUCUGGAAAUGUAUAAAAACUAAACUUAUUUUUUAUAAGUUAAUCGUUUAAUU